AUGCCGCUAGUGAUGCUCGGGAAUAGGCGACCACUUUCGAUGGGCCGCACAUCUCGGUUUUCUGCAAAAUGGCUUCAUGAUGAAAUCUUGCAUCUUGCUGUUGGAGGUUCUGUGUACGGGCGUAACAUGGUCAAAUACGAGGUCAACGAAAUGGACAACCGUGUUUAUGCAUCUUGGCUUGCUUCGGACAUCUUACCAACUAUGUCUGUUGAUGACGGACCGGAAGUGAGCAAGUGGCAAGUGGUGCUUCAUUGGGAAUUGCUGCUGAUCUCAAGCCUUGAAAUUGUUGACGAUGUCGUCAUUUUCAAUGUCGCUGACGGUUUCGAUAUCGCCCCUUGGAUGCGGGGCUUCGCCGAGCUGGAUUUAGAGUCGUUUUUGGAGAAUCCUGGUGUGGAUGUCGAUCGUCGCUUGGCUCGGUUUAUGUUCUUUAAGGAGUGGGCCUUCAUGCAGUGGGCGCACGCAAUGGACGGAAGGCAGCAAGAGUCCUCGCCUGCCGAACCACGAGAAUCUGCCGACGAUGCUUUCGACGUGGGAGCGGAACCUGAAGUGAUCACAGUGGGCUCGCAUGUUUGCAUUCGCCAGCUCGAUGAGCACAGCUCGACGGCAAUGCGAGGAUUGCAGAAGGGGAUGAGAGGUAUUGUUGUUGCAGCUCAGGGCGACCGCUGGCAGGUGAAGUUUGCCAACAGGGCCGAGGCGGUCUGCUUCCAAGGUGCGUCCUUGUCACUCGCAAAGGGAGUUCCUCAUCAUGACGUUUGUCACGUAUGUGGUGAGCAUGGCACGCUUCGGUGCACUGGUUGCAAGGUCGUUCUCUAUUGUGGCCCCGCAUGCCAGCAGGCCGACUGGGCCGCGCAUGAAGCGUUUUGCAAGGCUGUUCAAGGUGGGGGCACACUCAACAUGGGUUUCGAGCUCCGAGCGAGAGCCAAUCAGUCAAGUAAGAGUAGGUCUACUGGAUCGCUGCCGUCUUUGGUUGACAGUUGCUCGGUGGAUUCUCGAUUGCUUGUCGAGCAAGAGGUAAAGCUCUGCGAGGCACGCAAAAUGCAGAGGCUUGGCGCAGGAGUGAGCCUCUCCGAGCAAGUACUCGCUGGACAGGAUCGCCGAGCUCUUCUGGAGACCGCAAAGGCUUGUAGGCAUGCAGCAGAGCUAUUCUUUCGCCAAGACGUCACAGAAUCGGAUCCAGAGCUUCCGCACAUCAUUGACAAGGUGUCGACAUGCAAGGAUAUUUCCUCACGGCUACGCGGUGUCGUGAAAGAUGUUGAAGCAUGUUUGCUACCAGGUGCUGUGGCAUCGCUGCGCGCGGCGAUUUGUUUGAGGUUCGCAGAUUUUGCCGAAGCUGAGCGAGAGGCAUCUGUGGCCGUGUCUCAUCUCGGAUCAGUGCGUGUAGCAGUCCGGUCACCCGCUCGCAGGGCCGAAGUCAAUUUGCUGCUCGCAGAGGCAUUCAUUCGUCAGGGGCUGGCCCUGAAGUCGUUGGAUCGGGAGGCCGAUGCUGCAAAGGCUGUGGUGUUGGCGCUGUCCCGCUCGCCAGAUGUUCAUUUGCCUGGUCUGGAGCUGCUCUUGCCGCUUGUCGGUAGCACUGCUGUAGAAGCCAGCAGCGAGAUGGGGCAAUGUGAUCGUUGCCUAGAGCUCGUUGAACGGCAGCAGAUGAAGAUUCAUAGACGUAAGUCUUGCACGGAGCGUGACAUAAAAUGCCCCGAGUGCAUGGUUGGCUUGCGCAUCUCAAUGAUGAUCAUCUCUCGGAAUCUUGCGAGGCUUCAAUCGCUUGCUCGCUGUGCGACUUGGUUCCUCGGGGGGAGAUGGAUAGCGGAAGCGAGUGUCGGAUGCGUGUCGUGA